AAUCAUCAUAAAAAAUAAAUAUAGGGAAAUUCAGCACGGACAUAUCUACAGAGAAAAAUAUAUUGAAGCAUAGCGGUGGUGGUGGUUCGCUGUUGUUCUCUACUACUCUUCCUUCUCACGCAUGAUCGCUUCUCUUUCUUUUUUUUUGGAUCUCUCUUUCUUACUUUUCUGUCUCUAGACUUUCUCUCUCUCUACAAAUUGUGAUUGUGAAUGCACAGUGGAGAGAGAGAGAUAGAGAGAGAGAGAGAUGAUCACUGUGAUUUCUGAUUAAAAACAGUUGGGGAUUUGUGCGAGGUUCAGACUUCCAGAGAGGUUCUUUUUUUGUGUUUCUCUCUCUGGUGGAACUAGAGAGAGAGAGAGAUUGUGUUGUCUCUCUGUAGACUAGAGUAUGGGAGCUUGCGUGUCGACCCCGGAAAGGUGUGUGGGGGGUGGAUUGCAUUCGUCGAAGAAGAAGAAGAAGUUGUCUCGCAAGCGAAAGAAAGCAAUUAAGCGAAGAGUUUCUUCUCGCCUUUCUGAUCAUUCUCUUGACAACCUUGAUAAGUCCGCCACACUCGAUCGUUCCUUCAACAAUCCCACUUUCCAUGGAAGUAUUGAUGAGGCGUGGUACGAUUCUACUGCUAUACUCGAGUCUGACUGUGAUGAAGAUUUCCAAAGUGUGCCUGAUGGUAUAAUAUAUGGAGAUGAUGUGCUAUCUCUAAAUGGCUUUGAAGGUGCAUCCAUAUCAAGUACUGCUUCUACUAGAGAAGCUAAUCAGAAACACUAUACCAUCAACUCAUCUUUUAGUGAUCAGCUACAGAGACCAGGGGACUUGUCAACUGGAAAUUCUGCACGCAACUCUGUCAGUGAAGUUGCCAAAAACUCAGCACAUUUAGAUGAUAUUGAUUCCCAAUCAAAAUCAGUAGAACCUCUAAAUGAAGAAAAGCAACCAGUGUUCCGUGAUGAGAUCUCAUCUGUGGAUGAAGGUGAAGGCAGGGAGGAUGGACUGUUGGAUAAUUGCGGGAUGCUUCCAAACAACUGUCUGCCUUGUCUUGCUACUACCGUCCCCUCAGUUGAUAAGAGAAGAUCACUGAGCUCUAGUCCACCAAGUGCAAGGAAAAAGGCCGCCUUAAAAUUUUCCUUCAAAUGGAGGGAAGGUCAUUCUAAUGCUGCUAUGUUAUCUUCAAAGAUGCUUCUGCAAAGACCGAUAGCAGGUUCUCAAGUACAGUUUUGCCCAGUAGAAAAGAAGAUGUUUGAUUCUUGGUCACGGAUUGAGCCAAGUACUUUCAAAGUUCGGGGAGAGAACUAUUUUCGGGAUAAAAAGAAGGAGUUGGCUUCUAACUAUUCUGCAUAUUAUCCAUUUGGUGUUGAUGUGUAUUUGUCUCCACGAAAAGUUAAUCAUAUUGCACAGUUUCUGGAACUUCCUGUCGUUAAUUCUUCUGGAAAACUUCCACCCAUCCUUGUUGUAAAUGCUCAGAUUCCACUUUACCCUGCUUCUCUUUUCCAGAGUGAAAAUGAUGGGGAAGGAAUGAGUAUCGUUUUAUACUUUAAGCUUUCGGAAAGUUAUUCUAAGGAGCUUCCAUACCGUUUACAAGAAAAUAUCAGCAGGUUAGUGGAUGAUGAAGUAGAAAAAGUCAAAGGUUUCCCAGUAGAUUCAACUGUACCCUUCCGGGAAAGGUUGAAGAUAUUGGGUCGUGUAGUGAAUGUGGAUGACCUUCAUUUAAGUGGAGCGGAGAGGAAGCUUAUGCAUGCUUACAAUGAAAAACCUGUUCUUUCACGUCCGCAACAUGAAUUCUUCUUGGGAGAAAACUAUCUCGAGAUUGAUUUGGAUAUGCAUAGAUUCAGUUACAUCUCUAGGAAAGGGUUUGAAGCAUUUCUUGGUAGAUUGAAGAUCUGCAUCUUGGAUUUUGGCCUCACAAUUCAGAGGAACAAAGCUGAAGAGUUGCCGGAGCAGAUCUUAUGUUGUAUACGGUUAAAUGGGAUUGAUUACAUGAACUAUCAGCAACUGAGUCAAGAGUCCCUUGAAUAAAGUCAUAACAAAUUUUUUGAAGAGGAUAUGCCAAGACUUGAGACGCUAUCAGGUGAGAGAGUGUUGUGAAAGCUAUCUUUUGAUGAAUCCCUCUCAAGCUUGUUGAGACUUCCCCACUACCUCUUAUAUAUAAACUCUUCAGCUCAGCUUUCUAGUCUUCAAUGUGGUGAAAGUAUCUUAUAUACCCACAUGUUUGUGAGAGAAAGGGUACACUAGAUGGUGUACCCGUUACACAAAAUUCCAAAUAACUAUGUGCAACCUGUAAAAUUUUGCACCUAUUAAUAAAAUGUCUCUCCAGACUUUGGACUCAAACUGUUCCAUACUUGUAUCAAACAUUCAAAUGCUGAGUGAAUUUCCAUC